CAGCAGCAGCAGCAGUAGGAGGAGGAUGGAGAUGCCGGAGGAGAAAUAGCAAACGACAAAAACCAUCGACUGCGGCGUUUUCUACCAGACAUUCAAGCUUGAACGGCGACAGACCAUGAUUGAGAUGUUUCAUGCUGCAGAGCUGAAUACCAAAUUGCCUUCCACUAUCAAGAGAUAGCCAGUCUGCAGGAUGGAGACCCAGGAGGAAUGACAGAGUCUCUUCCCCCUUGGGCGACGCACCGACAGUCGGAGAAAAUGCACUGGGCCGGUGGAUACGUGUUUCUGGUCCUGGUGUCCCUUAUCGCCUCUCACACCGCUGGGGCCUUAUCGGUGGACACGGAUGGCAACCAUACGGAAAACGGCAAUGUGACAGACGGCGGAUUUGUCCCGGUUGCGUUCACAAAAGUGAGCCAGAUAAUUGCGCGGGAGGGGAGCUGCGCACUGAUUGAUUGCAAUGUCACCGGAGAGCCGUUCCCCAGCGUUCAGUGGUUCAACUCCCAUGGAGACCGCCUGGACACAGAGAUGAGCGAUGGGAAGUGGUGGCUGCUGGACAAUGGCGUCCUCAACAUCACCAGCAUCGAGUUUGCAGACCGCGGCAAGUACACCUGCAUGGCGUCCAACGUACACGGCAGCUCCAACUGCACGGUGACGCUGCGUGUGGUCUUCACUAACGGUGACAUGGGCGUGUACUACAUGGUGGUGUGUCUGGUCACCUUCACCAUCAUCAUGGCCCUGAACGUCACGCGCCUCUGCAUGAUGAGUAGCCACCUGAAGAAGACGGAGAAAGCCAUCAAUGAAUUCUUCCGCACCGAGGGUGCCGAGAAAUUGCAGAAGGCCUUCGAGAUCGCCAAGAGGAUCCCCAUCAUCACCUCGGCCAAAACGCUGGAACUGGCCAAGGUAACGCAGUUCAAGACCAUGGAGUUUGCGCGCUACAUCGAGGAGCUGGCUCGGAGCAUCCCGCUGCCGCCGCUCAUCAUGAACUGCCGCACCUUCAUGGAGGAGAUCCUGGAGGUGGUGGGGGUGGAGGAGAUGAGGCAUACCUUUGUCAGACAAGCUCCGGAGGGGCGGCGCGAGGGAGCGUGCAGGGUUCCCUCCAUCGGGGCGAGAGACGUCUUCACCAUCCUGCAGGAGAGAGAGAGGGAGCGAGGGCGGGAGAGGGAGCGCAGCGAGUCGCCCGCCGCCGACUCGGACAACUCCUCGGUUCAGGAGCAGCCGCAGCACAUCGCCAUCCAGGUGUCGGUCCACCCGCCGCUCGCCAUCGGUGGUUACUGCAGCAUAGAAGCUCCACCACCCCAGCCGGAGGCCACGAGCCCCUCUCCUCCCCCUUCCUCACCCCCACCGCUGGAUCCUCUUCAGAACGAGGAGCAGCCGGAGGUGGAAGGAGAGCAGGACGCCCAACAGGCUGCUGCAGAGCCCACGGCAGAUAAGACCCCUUCCAGCCAGGUGUUCUAUGAGAGCCAUGUGUGACGAAACAAACGGAUCCGUUUUCCUGCUAUGCAUUUCCACUUGAAAAUGAAAAGAAAAGGUCAAUUUUAAUUUCACAUUUUGGAGAGAAACAAUCACAUUUUUAUUUAUCUUUUCUGGACGUAACAAUCUCUUCAAACCUUUGUAGGCUGAUCUACUGAGAACAAAUCAAAAGGUUUUUAGAAACUUGAGCAUUUUUUUCACUCUGGAUUUUCAUGCUUGAAUGUACACAGGAGGAGUAAUCAAUAUUAUUAAUGUAAUAAGCAAAGAAUUGUAAAGGGACAUUUCCUGUGUUGAGAUUUUCAUAGCUCAGACUAUUAUUUAAAGAGUUAGGGUACUUCACUCGUGGGGGGGAGGAUGAUUUUUCAGUUAGUUUCUUACAGUGCUAGGGUUUUUAUGACUAACUCCAGAAAUCUGCCUCAAGCUGCUCUUCAUGAUGUUUUUUUUUGAAACCAUGAAAGAAGGCUUCCUCCAUUUGCUCAAGAAUUCACUCACAUCCAGCUAUUGUUACAGCCGCUCCGCUGUUGUCCUACAAUGUUCUGCUCACCUAGAGAUGCAUGCUGGACUGAAACAAAAAAAUAUCGAAGAGUUGGGUCACAUUUUCAUGAUUGUACGGCCUUCUGCACUUCUAAAAAAACAAAAACAAACAAGAGGGCAAGCUGGGUGAACCUGUCAGUAUAUUUCCUGAUUGGAAACACCUCUGGGUGGAAUUUGUAUUCCUUUGAAAUAUUUGUAAGAGUAUUAUAUUAUUACCCAUUGUGGUGUGAUUUUGUUUCUCAGCUAGUUUAGGCAGAUUUAAAAAAAAAAAAAAAAAAAAGUCUUUUGUCUCCUUCUUCCUCAUAGAGAGAAGCAGCUUCUUUUCCUCCGUCAUUUGCCGUCUUUAAGUUGAAUCUGACUCCUGACCUGAUCUCUCUGCAUCGUCUUGCUUGUGCAGAGGCUUUACAGUACAGUCGCGUUCCUGCUGCAUGUGUAAGUGGACGGUGGAGAGCUUUGACAUCUUUCUCUGGGACUAAAAAAAAGGACUCCUUUUGUUUCUUCCUUUUGCUUGGCUAACGGUCCAGUGUGCGACGGGGAGAUGAACUGGACGCUGUUCUGCUUUUACUGGUGCUCUUGAGAUGCCUCUUUUUUUGUAGUGGAAUAAAAUGGAAGUGCUGUGCUGAAAAAACAAAACAAAA